UCGAUGAUUAAAAAUUAAAUUCACUUCGGAAAACGGAACAGGUUAGUAACGAAGGUGCCCGGUGUCAUUCGAAGUCAGAGCAUUCGAACUCGAACUACCAUGAGGAAUUUCGUUUGUUUCGCGGCAUUGUUUCUCAUGAUUCAAGCAGAAAUCUGUCUACGCCUUUUAAAGAAUAAAGAAGAGAGCAGAAUCUUGCAGAAAAGUCCAGGUCGGAUUUGGAGAUGGGAUUCGAUCGCAGAAAACUUUGUUCCAUUGGAAGCAUUGAAAUCGAACAACGGACUCGUGUGUAGCGUCGAUUUCGUCAAGGACUUGGCCAUGAAAUCAAUCACGGUGGUUGCCGAUAAUAUGAAUCCGUACAUCAUAAUAAAUGCAAAUCAGAGCCAAGUAACAGGAUUCAUAGGGGACGUCUGGAUGACUUUGGAAGAAACCUUAAAAUUCACGACGAUUUACCGUAGAGCGGGAUCGUCGGCCGGCUGGACGCUGAUGAAUGGUCGAGCUCACGCACUCUUGGAAGCUACGGUGAUUUACUCCUACACCUCCGGUUAUUACACUUACAGUGUUCCGAUCACGACCAACUAUUACGCUCUAUUCGUGCAAUCCGAAGGUACGAGAGUUUCAACGUGGUGGUAUGCUAGUAUUUUCAGUCGGAAUCUAUGGAAAGUAACGGGAUUAUUUAUUGUUUGUAUCGUAUUCAUUAUUAUGGGAAUUAAUGCAUUAAGAAAAACCAUCUGUAAAUUUAACAUCGAAUGCGACGACGAACUCUCGUCUCUUUCAUUCGUCUUCCUUUACGUUUUAAGUGGCAUAAGUGGUCAAGGUUGCCAGAAAAUUCCGUCGAGCUGGUCGUUACGUUUGACGAUCCUCUCAUUUUUGUUUAUGGGAAUGUCACUAUUUUGUGGGUUUAGUAGUACCCUAACUUCGUAUUUAACAAUCGGGAUAACGUCAGUACCUUUUACUAGUUUAAAAGAUGUUGCCGAAAAACGUACUCAUUCUUUAUGUGUGAGAAACAAUAGCGGUGCAUACAUUUACUUUACAGUGAACGGAUUAAGAGAAGAGGAUUUAAUGCCUGAAUGGAAGGAUCUAGUGAAUAAGAAUUGUCCUGAUACCAUGAAUAUGCUUACUAUCGGCUCAAACCUUUGUACCCCUGGUUUUGUUUAUUUAGAAGGGCCAGACAUUUUUCUAUCGAUUUAUCAACAAGUAUUAAACCAAUGUCACUACGUGCAAUUACCUCAACCAUAUUGGAUCUUGAAAUUAGCUUUUCAACAUGCCAGGUCCUCGAAAUAUAGAAAGAUCAUCGAUUUAUACUUGAUGCGACUCCGUUCGGUCGGUAUAUUAGAUUACCUUGAAAAAAAAUGGAUAAAAAAAGAACAGAACAUUUUAGUACAGCCUCAAUGGACUGAUUUUCGUGCUGUCGAAUAUGGUCAUAUACAUAUCGUAUUUUCAAUGCUCUCAAUCGCUGCUUUAUUUAGCGUGCUGAUAUGCGUUCUUGAAAAUAUUUUUUACAGACAGCAAAUAUUGCCGCAAGAAAAAACUUUAUGCGUUACUAAUCGAAAAAUUGCAAUCCCUUGAUAUUCCAUCUUUUAUCGACAUGAACGAAUAUCACGAGUUUUUAUCGCGAAAAGAGAAAUUUCUUUUUCAUGGAAAAUGAGUUGUAGAAUAUUUUCGUAUUAUCGACAGUUAUUUUACCUCGCAUUUUCUUCUAUAUCGAUACAAUGUUAGUCGAUAAAGGAAACGUAAUUUAUUAAUAGGUAACAUUCCCUAGUUUUUGUGAAAUUUUUUCUCGGCAAUUAUACGUCUCAGUAGCUUUUAAAUGUGGUGAAAAAACAAAAAAAAUUUUCUAAUAGAUAUACCUAUAUACACACCCACAUGUGUAAAUGUGUACAAGUACGCGAGCAUGCGCGCGCGCACGUAUGUAUGUGUAGGAAAAUUAAUAAAAAUAUAAAUAUAAUAUUUUAGGAACAUAUUUUACUAAUUAAAGUUUACAUCCGUUUUUAAAAGAUCCCUUUUUUAAUCGGUAAAGAAUAAUGUCGAUAACAAAUGCUCUACAUUACCGAUUAUUUCAUCAUAUUCUUCCUUUCUAUCAUGGCGUGAUUCAGAUAAUUUUUCGUUAUGUAUGUACUUCGAACAAAAUUACACACAAUUUAAUAUUUUUAUUUCUUCUUUAAAACUUGUAUGGCAAUGUACAAAUAUGGCUGAAAGUAAGUAUUUAUAUGUAUAUGUGUGUCUGUGUAUUUGUGUAUAUAUAUAUAUAUAUAUAAUUUUUAGUGACCUUUUUUACCGACUAGAAUCAACGAUAUAAUUAAUUAAGCAUAAAAAUAUCCUCCAUAUCCUGUUAACGUAUUUGUAAGUUACGCCGCUAGUCAUACAUAUAAUUUACUCUGAACGUCAGAUAAGUAAUCAUCGCUGCACAAAUAGAAUAAUAUCGCCAUUUAGUAACUAUCAUCCUUCAUCCAGCAAUGCAUCAACCAUCGUACCAAAUAUGCAACAACCGAUAAUCGUGGACAAGCCGAGAAGUAUCACCAUGCUAUUUGAUUUUUACUAUGUAUAGUUAUCAUUUGUUUAUUUUGGCUCCCACGUAAUCGAUUAUUGCUGUUUCAUUAUAAACACCACCUAUCGCCUAUGGAUUUAUCAUUAGGUACUAUAUUAAUACUGUCUUCUCAAUUCUCUCUCUCUCUCUCUCUCUCUCUCUCUCUCUCUCUCUCUCUCUCUCUCUCUCUCUCUCUCUCUCUCUCUCUCUCUCUCUUUCUCGCUGUUCGAUCUA